CGAGCUUCGGAAGCCCCACCUUUCGUGUUUCCCGCACCGUCAAUCAAAAUAGGAAAAAAAUCUACUCGAAAUCGCCGAUCGCAGCCCGCCUUUGAUUACAAUAAUCAUGUUUGGCGUUUAAAUAAACCGAGAAUCUCUCGAUUAAAACCACUCACGCUAUGACUGCCCCAGAACAGCCAGUGAAGCAGGAGGAAAUGGCUGCCUUAGACGUGGACAGCAGUCAAAGCGACUAUCUGCAGGCUCAGCACGGCAGCGGCGGUGAUCAGGACACUCAGCCGUCACCGCUCGCUCUGCUGGCAGCCACCUGCAGCAGGAUCGGCUCGCCGUCGGCACAGGAGGAUGACGGUGCUACCGCCGGUGUGACAGCAGACCUCACAUCCAUACAGUUGACAGGGACCUCAGAGAGAUGGGAGGUGUUGACUCCCACGGCGACCAUAAAGGAGGAGCCGGGCAUCGUGCAUAUUCCAAACACAGGGAUAGUGGCUUCAAACGGACAGUACGUUCUUCCCCUGCAGAACCUGCAGAGCCAGUCCAUCUUCGUCGCGUCAGGAGCGGACGCCUCCUCCAAUACAGUGCCUAACAUCCAGUACCAGGUGAUCCCGCAGAUCCAGACUGCCGACGGUCAGAUGGGCUUCUCUGCCUCUGGGGUGGACGGCAGCCCCGUGGGGCAGGACAGCGGCGGGCACAUACAGAUCUUGCAGGACGCGGGCCAGAGCAUCAGCGUGGCAGGAACGUCCUCCGUCGACAUCCUCACCAACACGCAGAACCUCAUAUCACAGACUGGCCACAUUCAGCAGAUCCAGGGGGUCUCCAUAGGGGGCGCCACCUACAGUAACCAGGGUCAGGUUGUCACUAACGUGCCUGUGGGACUGCCGGGGAAUAUAACCUUCGUACCCAUAAACAGCGUGGAUUUGGACUCGCUGGGCCUGUCGGGGGCGCAGACGAUAGCCACGGGGGUCACCCCGGACGGCCAGCUGAUCAUGGCGGGUCAGCCGGCAGAGGGCUCGGACAAGCCCGGCGAGCAGAUCUCGCAGACGCUGCCAACGGGAGACUCCGGCCAGGACGCGUACGCACCGGCGACGUCGUCGGCCUCCCGGCUGCCCGAGACAAUAGACGGCACGGGCGUGCUGACGCAGGCCACGGCAGCAUCUGCGGGCGACCAGGAGGGCUACGCCCACCACAACCAGGUGCACGGCGUCCAGGUGUCCUCCGCGCAGCCCGUCAUCCAGCUGCAGCAGGUGGCUGCGCAGACAGGCGAUGCCCAGGUGGGUGCGCAGGGCCUGCCUCAGCAGCAGGUGGCCGGGCAGACCAUCCAGAACCUGCAGCUGAUCAACCCGGGCACCUUCCUGAUCCAGGCGCAGACGGUCACGCCGUCGGACCAGAUCCAGUGGCAGACCUUCCAAGUGCAGGGGGUGCAGAACCUGCAGAAUUUGCAGCUGCCCGGUGUGGGCGCAGGCGCCCAGCAGAUCACCCUGGCGCCGGUGCAGACGGUGUCGCUGGCCCAGGGCGGCGCGCUCGGCUCCAGCCCCGUCAGCAUCAGCACCGGCCAGAUCCCCAGCCUGCAGACGGUGACCGUCAACUCCACGCAGGAUGGGAUCCAGUUCCAGUCGGUGGAAGACACGGACAGCCUGGGAGAUAUCCAGAUCAAGGAGGAGCCGGACUCAGACGAGUGGCAGCUGGAGACAGACUCCACCCUGAACCCCAGCGACCUAUCCCACCUGCGGGUGCAGCUGGUGGACGAGGAGAUGGAGCCGCAUGACCAGGAGGACAAGAGACUGCGCGGGGAGGCCUGCACCUGCCCCAACUGCAAGGAGGCAGGCGACAGAGGGUCCAACACGGGGAAGAGGAAGGAGCACGUGUGUCACAUGCCUGGCUGCGGGAAGGUGUACGGGAAGACGUCCCACCUGCGGGCGCACCUGCGCUGGCACUCGGUGGAACGGCCUUUCGUCUGCACCUGGAUGUACUGCGGGAAGAGGUUUAGGCGCAGUGACGAACUGCAGCGGCACAGGAGAACGCACACAGGUACGCGGCGCUCAGCGCCCCACCUGCUCUGGGACAGGGCAGCGGAUUUGGGCUCACCUGGUGCCUCGGAGGCGCAGACGAUAGCCACGGAGGUCACCCCGGACGGCCAUCUGAUCAUGGCGGGUCAGCUGGCAGAGGGCUCGGACAAGCCCGGCGAGCAGAUCUCGCAGGUGCUGCCAACGGGAGACUCCGGCCAGGACGCGUACGCACCGGCGACGUCGUCGGCCUCCCGGCUGCCCGAGACAAUAGACGGCACGGGCGUGCUGACGCAGGCCACGGCAGCGUCUGCGGGCGACCAGGAGGGCUACGCCCACCACAACCAGGUGCACGGCGUCCAGGUGUCCUCCGCGCAGCCCGUCAUCCAGCUGCAGCAGGUGGCUGCGCAGACAGGCGAUGCCCAGGUGGGUGCGCAGGGCCUGCCUCAGCAGCAGGUGGCCGGGCAGACCAUCCAGAACCUGCAGCUGAUCAACCCGGGCACCUUCCUGAUCCAGGCGCAGACGGUCACGCCAUCGGGCCAGAUCCAGUGGCAGACCUUCCAAGUGCAAGGGGUGCAGAACCUGCAGAAUUUGCAGCUGCCCGGCGUGGGCGCAGGCGCCCAGCAGAUCACCCUGGCGCCGGUGCAGACGGUGGCGCUGGCCCAGGGCGGCGCGCUCGGCUCCAGCCCCGUCAGCAUCAGCACCGGCCAGAUCCCCAGCCUGCAGACGGUGACCGUCAACUCCACGCAGGCCGGGAUCCAGUUCCAGCCGGUGGAAGACACGGACAGCCUGGGAGAUAUGCAGAUCAAGGAGGAGCCGGACUCCGAGGAGUGGCAGCUGGGGACGGACUCCACCCUGAACCCCACAGACCUGUCCCACCUGGUGCGGCUGGUGGACGAGGAGAUGGAGCCGCACGGCCAGGAGGGCAAGAGACUGCGCAGGGUGGCCUGCACCUGCCCCAACUGCAAGGAGGCAGGCGGCAGAGGGUCCAACACGGGGAAGAAGAAGCAGCACGUGUGUCACAUGCCGGGCUGCGGGAAGGUGUACGGGAAGACGUCCCACCUGCGGGCGCACCUGCGCUGGCACUCCGGGGAGCGGCCCUUCGUCUGCACCUGGAUGUACUGCGGGAAGAGGUUCACGCGCAGCGACGAGCUGCAGCGGCACAGGAGAACGCACACAGGAGAGAAGAAGUUCGUGUGCCCGGAAUGUUCCAAGCGCUUUAUGCGCAGCGACCACCUGGCCAAGCACAUCAAAACUCACCAGAACAAGAAGGGCGCAGGCACGGGCUCGGGCGCCAUGACGAUGGCCGCCAUGGAGACCGGCGCGUCCUCGGACGGCAUCAUCACGGCGGGGGGCACCACGCUCAUCCUCACCAACAUCCAGCAGGGCUCGGUGCCGGGCCUGGGGACUGUCAACUCCACCAACGCGCAGGAGAUCCCUCUGCGGCUCGUCACAGUGUCGGCAAGCGAAGUCAUGGAGUAGCACACAGCCGACCACAAGAACUUCUCAAUCGCCCUCGCUAUCCCCCCCCCCCCC